CAGCAGCCUAUCCUGCUGUCAGAUUUCCAUUUCAGAGGUCCAGAAGGAUGCAUCUCCAAACAUUGCUACUGCUUGUUGCCCUGGUGGGUAGCAGAGAAGGGGCUGUUCUGCCAAAUGUUCUCAACCUGCCGCCUUGUGACUCUCCUCUAGUGGAAGAGGCUGCCUUUGCAGCUGUCAACCACAUUAACAGCCAUCAUUACCAUGGCUACAAAUACGCCCUCAACAGAAUAGAGAAAGUGAAGGUGGCAAACUUGAUGCCUCAUGGAGAAACAUAUAUUUUGGAGCUGGACUUGCUGGAAACCAAAUGUCAUAUUGUGAAUCCUACACCAGCCGAAAAUUGCCCAGUUAGAUCAAAAGCAGAAACAAAAGUUGAAGGGGAUUGUGAUGCAAUGCUAUCACAUGUUGGUGGUCAGUUUACAGUCAUCGCAUAUAAGUGUAAAUCUACCCCAGACUCAGCAGAAGAUGUCAUGAAGGUGUGUCCUGGCUGCCCAAAGCUGUUACUUCUCAAUGAUACUACAGCCUCGCAGUCUGUCACACACUCUCUCAAUAAGUUCAACCAAGUGUCCAAUGAUACCGCUCUGUUCCAUCUGAUGGAGAUUGGAAGAAUGUCAUCUCAGGUUCUACCAUCUUUGACUGGUCCUACUUAUUUUUCUGAGUUUGCAAUUGUGGAGACAAACUGUACUGAUGAUGUGCUUGACCAGAGCAACUGUGUUCCUUUAAGUGAAAGCACUGCACGUCAUGGUUUCUGCUCAUCUUCAGCUUCCAGCAUUGGUCUUGCUAAUGAAGAACUAAUAGUUAAUUGUGACAUAUAUCCAGCCCAGGGCCCACCCAUCUUCAAUGUUCCAGCUGCUCCCUUUGAUCCUGCACCAUCUGCUGUACCUCUUGGUCCUCUUGAACCUGCUGGUCCUGUUGCAUCUCCAGGUCCCGAUGGAAAUGCUGCAAGUCUUUUGCCAGCUAUACCAGUUCUCCCUGAUGCACCAUCUGUCCACCACCAUCAUCAUCAUCAUUCUCACAGCAAUGUUGGCGCAGGCACUGGGGUACAUGGCUUUAAACAUCACGGCCUGGGCCAUGCAUUUGAUCCUGCAGCCAGUCCUUUCAUUUCAUCUUCUGAAGAAAUGAUUGCAAAACCAAUGGUCAAGAGAAGUGUGGUGGCACCUCAACCACCUGAGUCACUGAUUAUCUGCCCAGGCAGAAUUCGCCAUUUUUGAGCGGGGCUCCAGAAAAAUGGAACAUUUGCUGUAAUUACAUUCAUCCAUGCAGCCUGUGUAAUUCCGUUUUAUGAUAUGAUAACCACCAAUCUUCUGCAUUCUGUGUGACUGAUAAAAAGGAAGCAAAUGCCUGACUAAUCGCGUGGGCUUCAAAAUGAGCCUGGAUGGUCUGUCAGUGUGAACUGCUUUCAGAUGAAGGAGGGCAAGGCUAUGUAUACCAAGGUGCUAUUUGCUGUCACUGUAUGAGCAUUGUGAUUGGGACUACUAUGAAAAAUAAACCUUAAUGUCAAGGAAACUUGAAAUAUAAGCAUGCAUCAUGUAUUAUAUUUAAUUCCACAAAAGAGAAAUAAAGGAAUCACAA